UUUCCUUCCUUUAUUUUGUGUUUUGACUUGAUCAUCGUAAUGCUAAGAUCAAACGUGGCUGCAAGGUUGCUAUCAUGAAGUAGACCUCCCACCAACCUGUAAUCUAAUUAUGGCACCUUGUUUAAGAGCCCCAAACCCAGAGAGCGGACCACCAACACGUUUUCCGGUAAGGAAGAACAUGGAACUACCCUUCCAUGCUGGAGAGAUGAGAAGAGAUGUAAACCAUGGAAAAGAAGUGGAAGCGGCAGAGCCAUCGUCAUCUUCAUCGCCUCCGCAGACAGGCAACAGACCAAGUUUUAAUGUCUUCUUAAGCUUUAGAGGGGAAGACACCCGGAAGGGUUUCACCGGCCAUCUCUACAAUGCUCUGCGUCAGCAUGGUAUCUCCACUUUCAUUGACAGUGAGGAAUUGGAAAGGGGCGAAAGGAUCGAAGAUCUGUUCAGUUACAUCGAGGGAUCGCAGAUCUUUGUGCCUGUUUUGUCCAAAGGGUACACCAAUUCGAGGUGGUGCUUGAGGGAGAUAACCAAGAUGGUGGAGUGUGGAAGGCUGAUCCUGCCCAUCUUCUUCGACGUCGAUCCUACCCACGUUCGAAACCAGAGUGGCCCUUUUGAAGCUGCGUUUCAACGGCAUGCGGGUAACAACAGAGUAGGGGAAGAGGACCUGAGAAGGUGGAAGGAUGCGUUGAGAGCAGUUGGAGAGAUCCGUGGUCACUGUCUGCAGAAUGACACGAAUGGGAACGAGGCAAAACUUAUAUGGAACGUUGUGAAACAAAUUUCACGCAUAUUAAAUAAGACUGCACGGCCCAUCACCGAGUACCUAGUUGGAAUGGAUUCUCAUAUUGACAAAAUGUACAGACUGUUGGAUCUUACAGAUAACGAGGUUAAGAUGAUUGGGAUAGUGGGCAUGGGAGGCAUCGGAAAGACGACUAUUGCUAGUGUUGUUCAUAACAGGCUACUUUCAGAUUUUGAGGACAGUAGCUUCAUUUCGGAUGUCAGGGAAGGCUUUAAACAACACAAUGGUGGUGUAACCUUACAGCGGAAACUAAUCAAGCACAUCUUAAAGGACGAACAUUCAGACAUAUAUAGCGUCAAACAUGGAGCAAGCCUGAUCAGAGCAAGAUUAUGCUUCAAAAGAGUUCUGGUAAUUUUGGACGACACCGACCAUAUAGAACAACUGGAAGCAUUGGCUGGAGAAAGAGAUUGGUUUGGUCCAGGAAGUCGGAUAAUUAUCACGUCCAGAGAUUCAAGGUUGUUACUUAAUCAUGGCGUAAAAGAGAAACACAUCUACAGGCCUGAACUCUUGGAUGAUGAGAAUUCAUUCAAGCUGUUCAACUCACACGCUUUCCGUGGCAUCCGACCUACAAAAAGUGAGUAUCAUGAGUUAUCAAUGGAAGUUGUGAAAGUGACUGGUGGUCUGCCUUUAGCUCUGACAGUCUUUGGGUCGCUCCUACGAGGAAGAAAUAUAAAACAAUGGAAAGAGACUCUGCAGAAGUUGUUACAGGUUCCAAACAUGGAUAUCGAUGGGAGGCUGAGGAUAAGUUAUGAAGGCCUUGAAGAAAAUGUCAAACAAAUAUUUCUAGAUAUUUCAUGCUUUUUCAUUGGUGAGCAGAAAGAAGAUGCAACUUACAUGUGGGAAGAUUGUGGCUUGCAUCCACAAACAGCAAUCACUGAGCUUCAGGAAAGGUCGAUUAUUAGAAUCAAUGAGGAUGAUGAGUUUGAGAUGCAUGAUCUUGUACGUGACAUGGGGAGACGCAUAGCUCAACAAGGUGAACCUUGGCACCGGAGUAGACUACGAGACUCGGACGACUUAUUGGAUACCUUGGUUUAUAAGGCUGAGCCGAUGGCCGAAGGCAUCGUGAUAAUGGGCGACCAGGAAGGCCUCGUAGUCACACCAAGAUGCGAAUCAGAAGCACAUUUAAGUACUGAAGAUUUUGUUGAUUUGUCCCGCCUAAGGUUUCUCCAUUUGUCCCGGUUUACAUUCAAAGGUGAAUUUCUGCGUCUUCCUCGGAGACUGAAAUGGUUGAGAUUGCUCAAUUGCGACUUUGUCAACAGACUGUCUGGUUCCUCCAACCUUAACGACAUCUCUGUCCUUGAACUCAUCCAUGCGGACGUCGUGGCUCGAGUUCUGGUAGAGCAAAGCUCAUCCGGCAGAAAGGUCUUCAAUUUGAAAGUUCUCCAUCUCGAAUCUUUCCUGAUGACCAGGACGCCUGAUUUCUCCAAAAUGAAAAUGAUUUGCUUGAGGAAGCUGACGCUGCGAAACUGCAAGAUGCUAACGGAAGUUGACGGGUCUAUAAGAAGCCUGAAGAGCUUGGUAUACUUGGACCUGCGACAUUGCUCUACACUGCAACGGCUGCCUGACAGCAUAUGCACGCUAAACUCUCUUCAGACCCUUCUUCUUAUCGGUUGCUUCAGCCUUUCUUCUUUGCCUGAAAAGUUGGGGAACAUGCAAUCACUGAGGGAGCUUUGGGCUGAAUACACAGGCAUACAUGCACUACCUGACUCAAUAGGCGAUCUAAGCAACCUGCGUACCCUUUCUCUGAAGGGAAGCUAUCUCCUCGAAAGGCUACCUGAUUCCAUGAGGACGCUGGAAUCUCUAGAGGAGUUGUACAUAGACCAUUUUGCACAGUGUCUGGUAGACGAUUCGACCCACCACACCUUGAAUCUAAUGAACCUUGGCUCAGUACUGGCCAUUGCAUCCGCUGCAAGUGCCGAGUGGCUCGCAGCAUUACCGAGCUCAUCCUGCGAGAAGGUAAAGAAGCUGAAACUUUCAGAUGAGACGAUCCAAGAGCUGCCUCCUUAUCUUGGCCGAUUGAAAAACCUCGAGGCAUUGUCCAUAGAUUGCCAUAACCUCAGAGCUCUGCCCGAGUGGCUUGGACAAUUGCAGAAGCUCAAUUCCUUUGAACUGGAAUCGGACAGGAUCAUCUCGACUGGUGAGGGCUUGGCGCUAACGGCAACAAUUGAGGAAUUGUCCAUAAGGUGCCCGAGCCUGGAAGCUCUGCCUGCUACGGCUGAAACCUUCGCAAACCUCAGGUCCCUUGAGCUGCACUGUCCAAAACUCAAACGUGUGUCCGACUGGAUCGCAUCACUAGGAAGUCUAGAGAAGUUGUCCGUUACCGGCCGCCGCAAGGACAUCAAAAUCCUGCGCACUUCACCAGCACAUUUAGUUGGAAGGUCUCGUUACUUAGAUCAGUAUAUCAUCCCACCUACUUCUGUUUCUACUUUAGCUCUGUUGACAUCCUCGAUGGCAGCCCGUGGAUGUUCAGUGAGAACCUUGAACUUGAGCUGCACGAAGAUUAGUGGCUUGCCCUCAUCCAUGGGCAAUCUCGCUCAACUUGAAAAGCUUCAUUUGGAGGGUUGCGAGAACCUCCAGUCUCUUCCUCCGCUCCCCUCUUCUCUACAUGUUCUUAAUGCUCGGGACUGCAACAACUUGAGAACAAUAUCGGACGUUUCAACCUUGAAAUCCUUGAGGAAAUUGAAACUCAGCGGCUGCAGAUUGCUCGGAGACUUUUGCGGCCUGGAGAGCAUUGCCCACAACUUGGAGACAUUAGAAUUGCCAGGGCCAUGUGGUGGUUUAUCGAGGUUCAGCCAGCUUAGUCCUGUGUUCAUGACAAGGGUUUUUAAGGAGGCUGCCUUUUCAUCCCUGAAGACAUUCAGCAGUUCCGCAACAAAUCUGCCUUUUCCUGUAGAACUCAUUCGUGAUCGUCCUGACCACUCUUUAUUGUUCACAUUUCCUGACCACUCUUUAUGGUUCACGUUUCCAAAAGUGGGAAAAGGAGGGAAACGUCCAACACGGGUAGUGUGGAGUUCAGAGCUUGAUUCAAUGCCGGGUGAAGCAAGUUCUAUAUCUAUAUCAAUCGUGGAAGAAGAUGGCCGUGUCAUCCAUCAGUAUACACAAAAAUAUGCUUGCGAGGGGGCUUGGUACCACGACAUCGGAGGAGAAGCGAUUGUUGGGUACUCAAAGGAAGGCUAUUAUCUGAGGAUGCAGGUAUCAUCACCAUCGUCAAACCUGAACGAGAUCAUGCUAUCCCUGCACCGAGCUUCGCUGGAUGUUCGCUACACUUAGAUCGCAACGCAUUGUGGAAAUGGCACUGGUGGGUGCCGAACAGUGGAUGUAAAAAUGGCUUUCAAACACUUAUUUUUUCAGAAACUAGAAUUAUUAAACAAACAUGGUGUUUUGUUUCCAGAAUUAAGAAACCAAAACCUGGAAUCUUCAUUUCAUUCCAGUUUGAGAAGGAAUUCUGAUUCUGGAGUUUUC